AUGGCCGAUGACUGGCGCAAAUCCGUCAGCUUCUCCGACCGACUCAGCGCCACUUCGGAAAUGCAAGUAGUGCCCCGAUCGACUGGAGUUUCUGGACGUUGGUCUGACUUUCGGAACCAGAGCCGCUGCCUAUAAGACUGCCAACCCGGGUUGCCAAUCCUCGGAAGCAUCCAAGUUCGCCAGAUCGAAAGAGGAGACUGCAAGGAAAGAAGCCUUGUCUCUGGUAGGAUACCUUGAUCAACACCGUCUGACUGGAGGCUAAGUCAUUACAGCAAGAGUACCACCAAAUCUGUGCCAAGACCGUGAGGCUUCUUGUCAGCUCGGUCGAAUCGAAGAAGCCCAUCGAAGACCAUCAUGUCGAAGAGCACAUCUUUCCGAAUCUGCCACACACUGGAGCCAUAAUUGGCAAGUACAUCGACGCAGAGCACUUUGCAGAUGGCCUGUUCUCCGAGGUCUUCCGUGCUGCCGAUCCAGAUGCUCAAUCUAGCCAUGGUACUCCAAGAGUCGUGGCGUUGAAGAUGACGACGCCUGGUAUGGAGCGACCGCCGCACGAUUCAGAGCGGGAGGUACGCAUACUUAAAGGCAUCUCGACAGCCCAAGAAAACAACAUCAUAGUCCUGAUCGAGACAUUCCGGCAAGCAGGAGGACAUCUCGUUCUGGUCUUCCCUUACAUGCCGCAUGGCCUGGACCUUUUGCUUCGCAAUCGCCGCCUGACGCCUGCCUCUCGCAGGACAGUGCUCGGAGGCCUGUUCAAAGGUCUGGCGUUCCUCCAUAGUCAAGGCAUCAUCCAUCGCGAUAUCAAACCCGACAAUAUCCUCUUAUCAACGCUUGAAGGACCAGCCUACAUCGCAGACUUUGGCAUCGCUUGGUCUUCUACAGAUGCGGGGUCGGAACCAGCAGACCGGAAGAUUCAUGAUGUCGGCACGACAAGCUAUCGGCCACCAGAGCUGCUUUUUGGUUCCUCAAGCUACAAUGAAAAGCUGGAUAUGUGGGCCGCUGGAUGCGUGGCAGCACAAGUCGUCUGCCUAAACCGCCAGACACUUUUCGACGCUGGUGACGUCGGGAGCGAGUUGGCAUUGAUCAGGAGCAUCUUCCAGACUUUAGGAACGCCGGAUGAGACUGUCUGGCCUGAGGCAGAACGGCUGCCAGACUGGGGAAAGAUGAACUUCACCAAGUACCCCGGAAAGAAGUGGGAGGAUAUUCUGCCGGAUGUCGAAGCCGAAGGACGCGACUUGGUGAAGCAAUUGGUGGUGUUCGAGACGGCGGAUCGAUUGAGCGCUGAAGACGUGAGUUAUCCUAUCGUACCACGGUGAUGCAGGAUGCUAACUUAGCUCAGGCUCGUAAGCACCCGUAUGUGCAAUAG